AUGUCUUCGACUACCCACUUCUCCGACCCCGAGGGCUUCCAACAACAGUCGGACAAUUUCAUUUCCUGGCUGCAAGCAACUCCAGGAGUGAAAUUAAACCCCAACCUCAGACUUGCAGAUCUCAGAGCAAGCGGUGCAGGACGAGGUGUCGUGGCACAGAGCAACAUCCCUGAAGGUGAAGAACUCUUCUCGAUCCCGCGCGGCCUAGUCCUCGCCGUCCAAAACUCCGAGCUGAAGACCCUGCUCGGUCAGGAUGUUGAGCAGCUCGGUCCGUGGCUUUCUCUCAUGUUGGUUAUGCUGUAUGAAUAUCUGCAGGGAGAGAAGUCAAAAUGGGCUCCUUAUUUCCGGGUCUUACCUUCUCGUUUUGAUACCCUGAUGUUUUGGUCGCCUGCUGAGCUGCAGGAGUUGCAAGCUAGUACCAUCGUGGAGAAGAUUGGCAGAGAGGGUGCUGAGCAGUCCAUCUUGGAGAUGAUUGCUCCUGUUGUUAGAGGAAACCCGGCUCUCUUCCCACCUGCCCAUGGUGUGGCUUCUUUUGAUGGUGAUGCCGGUGCUGCUGCUCUGCUUGAGCUUGCUCAUGUCAUGGGGUCGUUGAUCAUGGCUUAUGCCUUUGAUAUUGAAAAGGCUGAGGAUGACGAUGAUGAAGGAGAGGCUGCUGAUGACAGCUACAUGACCGAUGAUGAGGAGGAACAACUUCCCAAGGGCAUGGUUCCGCUCGCUGAUCUCCUUAACGCUGACGCGGACCGAAACAACGCCCGUCUAUACCAAGAGGAAGGAAAUUUAGUCAUGAAGGCAAUCAAGCCAAUCCAACAAGGCGAGGAAAUCUUCAACGACUACGGAGAAAUUCCGCGCGCAGACCUCCUCCGUCGGUACGGCUAUGUAACCGAAAACUACGCCCAAUACGACGUAGUCGAGUUGUCCCUGAGCAGCAUCUGCCAGGCUGCAGGUCUUGGAAACGCCGAUAUUGAGUCCCAACCCCGGCUCCAAUUCCUCGAUGAACACGACAUUCUCGACGACGGCUAUGUGAUCCCCAGACCGGUCAACGCCAACCCAUCUUUGGAAGAUAUUCUCCCUGCUGAGCUGGUGAUCCUCUUGACUACUCUUGCUCUCCCUGAAGAGGAGUUCAAGCAGCGUCAGUCUAAGAACAAGCCUCCCAAGCCGGCAUUCGAAGCCCACCAAGCUGCCAUUUUGACUAGAGCUUUGCAGACCCAGCAGGCACAAUAUGCAUCGUCUUUGGCACAAGAUGCUCAGCUUUUGGCCUCGCUUCCUCCUUUGGAUAUGUCUGUCGCCUCGGAUACCUCGUCUCGCCGAGCCAGGAUGGCACUCCAGGUGCGCAUUGGAGAGAAGGAAGUCCUGCAGGCUGUCCUCGGCAUGUUGGAGCCCACAGCCACUGGAUCAUUGAAGCGCCCCGCUAAUGGCGAUGACGGUGAUUCACGACAAUUCAAGACCCAGCGGAUGUGA